AAUAAAAUCAAACAGUGAACUGCACGUUGUUCGAUCUCGAUUAGGAAAUUAUUUGUAACCCGACCUCCUUUGAUUUGGCUGAAAAUUUUUUCUCAUCUUCUAUCCCUUCAAAAACGUGAAAAGUCUAUAGUUUCCAUGGCGCCAUCAAAUGAUCGCGAAUUCUUGUAGAACUCGACGAAAGACUUUUUUCAAAUAGCUGUAACUUCUUCAAAAAUGGACUAAUUUAGACGUUUUUUUUUCAAAAUUUUCAUCUUCAAACGCACUUUCCGGAAAAAAAUACAAAAAAAUUAAAUUAAUCAAUUAAAACCAGACUGUAAAUUUUUGAAAACAAGUCUGGAAAUAGUCCAUAUAAGAAACGAAUUCUAAAAAUUUAAACGAGGGUUGACUGAAAAAUGGAGCUGAGGGUGACGUUUGCGGCGAUUUUAAUUUUUUCGGUGGGUGGAAACGUCGAAGGACAUGGGAGACUUAUAGAACCACCUUCGAGAGCUUCAAUGUGGAGAUAUGGGUUUGAUACUCCGGAAGAUUUUACUGAUAAUGAAUGCUAUUGCGGUGGUUUCGAUCGACAAUGGCAUCAGAAUCAAGGAUACUGUGGAGUUUGCGGUGACCCUUGGGAUGUUAAUCCGCCGAGAGAACAUGAAACAGGAGGAAAAUACGGCAACAGUAUCAUAGUCCGUAAGUAUCAAACGAACCAACUGAUCACAAUAAGAAUCCAAUUAACAGCAAAUCACCGGGGGUACUUUUCAUUCCGCGUGUGUCCUAUGACAACCUGGGGACAGGAAGUAACUCAAGAUUGUCUUAACAAAAACAUAUUGAGAAUGGAAAACGGCACCGCCCGUUACUAUCCAGGUCCGGGUACCGGAACCUUCGAAGCGUACUACAAAUUACCUUCAGGAUUAAUGUGCGCCCAGUGUGUCCUACAGUGGCGUUACGUCACCGCUAAUAUUUGGGCUGACUGUGGUAACGGAACGGACGCUGUCGGCUGUGGUCCUCAAGAAGAAUUUCGCGGUUGCGCGGACAUAACAAUAGGCGACAAUUAUCCAGCACUCGCAUUACCAAAGACACCAUCAUACUGGCCAGAAAUUAUUGAAAUUCUUGAUUACUGGUAGUUGAGUUUAUUAAUUUUCGGUGCAUGAAUGCUGAUUGUCCGCCAGGAUUUCCGCGGAUUAUUAAUACGCGGAACAAGCUAAGAAAUGGUUGAUGACCUGCGGACCAGUUCCACCAUCGCAUCUCAAAAGACUAUCGAUACUUCAUCUAUAAUUUGUACAGGCUCAUAAACUAAAUAAUAAUUUUUAUUGAUUAAUUUAUUUAUUAUUAUUUUUAUUUCUUUUUUUAUGAUCAACAGUCAUCAAAAAAUCUCACAGUUUUCUAUGUUAAUAGAAACUAAGUGCACUGAUAGAAAAACUAUCUUGAUUCAAGAAAAAUUUUUUCUUCAAAAUGUGGUUCUUGUUUCAAAAUUUUUAAUUGUUUUAAUUCAAGAAAUAAGUCCUUGAACCAAAAAAUUGAAAUUCUCGGAUAGAGAAAAAAAAUUCUUUGUUUGAGAAUUUGAUUUUUCGAUGAAGCCUUUUUGUUUUGAAACAAAAUUCUGACAUAUUUCGUUCAAGAAUUUCUUGCUCUUGGAUUAAGAUAGGCAAAAUCUAGGUUUAAGGCAUUACCGACUCGAUUCGAGAAUGGCGCGGUUUUUAAAUCAAGAUAUCAAUUUACUCAGCUUGAAAAAAAACUUUUUUUUUUAUUUUAAAAAUAAAAAGUUUAAAAGUGAUUUUUUAGGACUACAUUCAUUUACUUCAGAUAUGUUAAAGUAGAAAUUUAUUUAAAAAAAAUUUUUUUUUUCAUUACUUUAAAAACAUCUUCUAUCAAGGAAUUAUUACUUGAACCAAAAAUUUAAAGUUCUUAAAAUAAUAAUACGACAUUUUUAGUUGAAGACAAGUGGUCUUGCUUGAAGAAUUCGAUAGUAUCGAUUGAAGAUAAUAUAGUUUCGGAUCAAGACACGAGAGUUAUCCAUCGAAGAUACAAAAUCUAUAGAGCCAAGAAAAUCUAAAUCAAGACAAGAAUUUCUUGAAGCAAGACAAUUGGUUUUCUUCAGAAAUAAAUUCUUGGCUCAAGAAAAUAUUUCUUGAGUCAAUAUAAAUUUUCUAUCAGUGUGUUAACGGAUAAAAAAAAAAAAUUAAUAUUUUAAACAAAUGAAAUAUUUAUUUACUGUUGCUAACAAUGAAAUAAAAUGAAGAAAACAAUCAUAGAAAAUUAGAUCCAUUUCCAUGAUUAUUUUCCGAUAUCGAAAUUUUGAAAACCGUGAAUAGCAAGUGUUAACAGAAAGUACUGUAGACAAGUGUAGGCCUUAUAGUAUCACGAAUGUUUGCCCGCGGACAUCUAAUCCGCGACUUUAUAAUAAUUUAUUUACUUUAUUUACUCAUUUAUUUUUUUCAGUAACAUUGCACGCGUGGGUGUGUUAACACUAUCGUAAUUACACACACACAUAACCUUUGAAAAAAGGGCACAUUACUGAUUUACAACCUCGCGGAUUUAAUGUCUGCGGAUGAAACAUUAGGGAACCCUUAUACAAGCAGCUAUGAGAGUCUAUCAAUUUUUUUAAAGUUUUAAUCCUCGUUUUUAAUGAGGGAUAAUCAAAAUUUUUGUAUGACUAUAUUACUAUCUUUUUU